GUCACUGUCUCAUUGACAAAUGACAUUUGACAUUUUCAAAAAUAAAAACAUUGCGUAAUUUUUGAAAAUUUCCUUGUUUUGUUAAACGUAAUAAUUCCAAAAUGAUGCGAAUUCGUCCUCUCGCCAACCUGCUGAUGAGGGCUCCCAGAGCGGCUGCAAUGAGCGACUCUGUCAAGUCCAUGGACACCACUUACAUGGAAAUUCCAGUUUAUCCAGUAGAAAAACCACAGCCUCUGGAAACGCGUAAAGCUAGGCUGCACUACCAGUCGCGCAAGCGCGGCAUGCUGGAGAACGACCUUCUCCUCAGCACCUUCGCCAAGAAGUACCUGGACUCGUUCACCGAGCAGCAGACCAUGAUGUACGACCGCCUCAUCAACUCGCCCAGCAACGACUGGGACAUCUUCUACUGGAUCGUCGAGAAGAAACCCACGCCCGAGGAGUUCGACAACGAGAUCAUGACCAUGCUGAAGAAACACGCCAAGAAUGAAGAUAAGAUACUCCUGAGCCAGCCCGAUCUGUAUUAGUGAAGUGAUGAUUUAGUGCUUGUAUUUGCCUCUUGUACUUACGCUUAUUUAUUGAUGUCAUUUAUAAAUUGCAAUUUUGUUAAACAGCUUCUAAGUUUAGGAUACUUUUUAAAUAUAUCUAGUGUAAAUUA